AUGAACAUAAGCGCAAAUCCCCUCCGAGAUUGGGCCCCUCCAAGUACCACGAAGGAGGGUUUUGCCAACGUCGCAAGAUGGAUUGCACUUGACUGUGAUGGCGAGGUAUUUAUCUACCGUAAGUUCAGCGAGCUUGCAGCUCGGAAUCUGCUCUAUCUACAAUGUGAGCUGCUGGAUCUUGAGAAGCACUUCAACGAGUUGGAUAGCAACGACGCGGGGAGCGACGAUAUGGAUAUAAAAGAUGCGGCUAGAACCUGGGAGACUCUCACACAGCAGUGUGAGUCUGGAAAUAAGGAAGCACAAAUUCGUAAGCAGGUGAUUGUGAGGUUACGUGCUAAACUGAAGGAAUAUCAUGAGGCUCUCAUUUUGCAAGAGGGCAUUAUGAGACUGAAGCAGCCCAACAAGCGUGUCCUCGAUGCGUAUCGCAACUGGUUUAUGAAGCCAUAUCCUGCGCUUGGUGGACAGGCGAAAAAAGCCUUGGAAAUUUCAGAUGACCUGGUAAAUCUCAGUACAUUACCGGAAGCCGACAUAUUGUCGAGCACCCUGAGACGCUACUGGCCAGUCAAUGAAGAAUUCUCCCGGGAUGGUCUUCAUCGUAUAGGGCGGUUCAGCGAGAAAUCCAUCUCAAACAUUGUCGCUAUCAUUAGCACCCUUCUAGCAGCUAUUCUUUUGAUUGGCUCUAUCACUAGCCUCUACUUCGCCACCACCGAUGCAGUAAAGCUUGGAUUGGUGGCUGUUUUCACUCUGGUUUUUGCUCUCAGUGUUGGUUUGAUGACGAAUGCACGCCGAGCAGAGAUAUUUGCGGCAACUGCUGCGUAUGCAGCUGUCCUUGUUGUCUUUGUGAGUGGUAACAUCUCCAGCUUGCAAGAAUAA